UUCGGGCCACUGCUGCUGGCCCGCCGCGUUCGAGAGUCCGUCCCGCCCGAUCCGGUGCAGCUGCAGCCAUGGGUCGACAGAAGGAGCUGGUGUCCCGCUGCGGGGAGAUGCUCCAUAUCCGCUACCGGCUGCUGCGCCAGGCUCUGGCUGAGUGCCUGGGGACCCUCAUCCUCGUGAUGUUUGGCUGUGGCUCUGUGGCCCAGGUCGUGCUCAGCCGGGGCACCCACGGUGGUUUCCUCACCAUCAACCUAGCCUUUGGCUUCGCUGUUACCCUGGGUAUCCUUGUGGCUGGCCAGGUAUCUGGGGCCCACCUGAACCCUGCUGUGACCUUUGCCAUGUGUUUCUUGGCGCGUGAGCCCUGGAUCAAGCUGCCCAUCUACGCCUUGGCUCAGACGCUAGGAGCUUUCCUGGGUGCUGGGAUUGUUUUUGGGCUGUAUCACGAUGCAAUCUGGGACUUUGCCAAGAAUGAGCUCGUGGUCUCGGGCCCCAAUGGCACAGCUGGCAUCUUUGCCACCUACCCUUCUGGACACUUGGACAUGGUCAAUGGAUUCUUCGACCAGUUCAUUGGCACUGCCUCCCUCAUCGUGUGCGUGCUGGCCAUCGUUGACCCCUACAACAACCCCGUCCCCCGCGGCCUGGAGGCCUUCACCGUGGGUCUGGUGGUUCUGGUUAUCGGCACCUCCAUGGGUUUCAACUCGGGCUAUGCUGUCAAUCCCGCCCGGGACUUUGGUCCCCGCCUUUUCACCGCCAUUGCUGGCUGGGGCUCCGAAGUCUUCACGACUGGCCGCCACUGGUGGUGGGUGCCCAUCGUCUCUCCGCUCCUGGGCUCCAUUGCGGGCGUCUUCGUGUACCAGCUCAUGAUUGGCUGUCACCUGGAGCAGCCUCCACCCGCCACUGAGCAGGAGAAUGUGAAGCUGGCCCAUGUGAAGCACAAGGAGCAGAUCUGAGUGGGCAGGGGCCCCCUCCCCACCCCCUCCUUCGAGCACCCACAGACUGUGCAGGGGCUGCUGCCUUUCUAGGAGCUCCCUCCUUCACGGCUCCCUCCCAGAUGGAGAAGCUCCUGGUCUACUCCCACUCCAGUGGACAGCCCCCUUGGGGAUUCUCCCCAGGACCCUCCCCAAAUGGGCCAUUAGGACACUGUCUUUAAGCAGUGGUGGGACAGGGAGUAGGGCCAACGUACCCUUAGUUUCCCAAAAAGAAUGGGCUGUGUGUGUGUGUGUGUGUGUGUGUGUGUGUGUGUGUGAAGUUUCUAAGACAUUCAGGGCAAGGGAACAAGUGGAAAGGAUACUAAUUGUGGGGGGAGCACAGAGGAAGGGGAGGGUCUGUCUGCGGUGUGUCCUCCCAUCAGUGAGUGAGGAAAGUGUGAGAGGUCAGCGUGUUUCAGGGGCUCCAUGUGGAGAAGGGUCCAGAUAUAUGUGUUCUGGGUAUGGGUGUGUAUGUGCCCUUUUUUCUAAGCAGGGGACUUCUCUAGAUUUUAGGGGAGGGCGGGUGGGACUAUGGAGGGAGGGUGGGGCAGAGGAGGCCACAGCCCUGGUGUGUGUGGAGCUCAGAGCUCUGGCUGUAUAUAAGUAGAAACAGAGAACAUAGUUCUGUCAUAAUGUAGGCACAAGGGUGGUGGGGUGAAGUCCAGGUCGUAAGUUUCUCGUGCUUGAUUUUUUUUUUUUUUUUUUAAUACAGCAGAUGUUUGUUUUAGGGAUGGGGGUUGGGAGACUCUAUUUAAAAUAGAGUCUUUACUCCUUUAAUCCUCCACUCAAAAAAAGUACUCUUUUCUCCUUUUAUAUAAAAAAAAAAAACAAUAAAAUGUGU